AUGCGUGUCGUGUUCGCGCGCAAUCCGCCGGACGCGUUCGCCGCGUGUCCGACGUUUCCGACGCUCGCGCCGACCGUCUCAUGCAGUUUUCCCGGAUUUUGUGUCGAGGUGCUGAAAAUGAUUGCCGACGCGAUGCGGCGCGACAUCGAGACGAUUGUGACGCCGACGAUCGUCGGCGGACUCGAUUGGGGCACCCAUCAGGAUAAUGGUACGUGGACAGGAGUGCUGGGAUACUUGCAGAACAACACCGCCGAUACCGCCUGCCUGAUGUACCAAAAAACGGAAAUGAGGAGCAGGUAUUUCGAGUUCUCCUAUCCGGUGCUCAAUGUGCAGCCGGUCUACGUGGUCCGUGAGCGCAAAGAGACGCUCGGCUCGGUUUUGUGGAACGCGUUCAAACCAUUCAGCUAUCAAGUGUGGCUCGUGUUCCUAGGCUCGCUUAUUCUGAAUUUCCUCGUGAUGCUUCUCAUCACCAGAUGCGAAUUCAAAUUGCGCUUCCGCGACGUCUUCAAGCCCUACCAGAUCGCCUGGCAGGUUGUUCAGCUUCAGUUGGACGAGAAAAGUGACGACAUGCAAUUUUUCACAGUAUCAGGCAACAUCGUUCUGUUCAUAUUUGCGCUGCUUCAAUCGGGUCUCAUGAUCGAUCUCUACAAGGGCAUCCUUCUCACGGCGCUCAUCACAUCCAACGGCAAUGAUCCGUUCAGAAACGCCGACGAGAUGAUCAAAUUGAUAGCGAGCGGCAAAUAUCAUCUGACGACCAACUAUCUCGGCAAUUGGUAUUUCGACGAUCUCGAGCACUCGAAUCAAUCGCACUUUGUGAAGUUGCGCGCGGCGACCGCCGCCAAUCCGGUGGUGGCGGCCGCCAGCGUCAUGGAGGCACUCGAUCUCGUCGACACCGGCAAAUAUAUCUAUCCGAUACAGCAGGACUCAUUGGCGAUGCAAAUGAGCAAAGAGCGAUGCGAUUAUGUCUAUGUGAAUGAGGGUCUUCCGCAAGUGUCCGCCUACUUUGUGUUCGCGAAAAACUCGACGCUCAUUCGCGAGUUCAAUCAUCAAAUCAUCAUGCAGCAAUCAUUCAUUCAGCGAACGUUCAACAAAUAUUUUCUCGAGGGCUUCAAAUUGGGCGACAUUCCGAAGUGCUCGCUCGACGAUGACGAAAUCGCGAAGGCGAAUAAGCCGCUAGACCUCGAAUCGACGAUUGGCGUCUUCACAAUUGGCGGAAUCGGAUUGGCGUUGGCGUUGGCGGCGUUUGUUCUCGAGAUCUACCACUAUUGGCAUUUGAAGAUCGUUGAGAGGCGCGCGAGAAUGCGCGAUCCGUACAACGUGCGCAAUUUGGCGAAAAUCGCCCAAAUUCACUUCACCACCCACAAACAAUACAAUGAUAUCGAUGUUCUUAAAUUGAUUGAGGUGUUGGAGAAUAAGAGAGAAGCUGCCGAAAUUUGA